AUGGAAGCGUUACAAAAUCUAAAAGGAGUAUAUUCUGUGGUCCUAGAUGCAGAGCAAGGGACAGUGAAGGUCAAUGGAAAAGUAGAUCCCACUAUAAUUUUGAAUGUAUUUGAUAAAUAUGGCAAACAUGGAGAGGUCUCAUCUGUUAGGUUUGAUGAGCAACAAUGGUGUGGGAGAAAUCAGUAUCUAAUGCCACUGCCACCCCCUCUGCUAGGGCCAAUGCCACAGCCUCCUCGGCCUCUAUCACUACAGCAGCAGCAGAAGCCGCCACCUCCUCUUCCACCCGUUAUUAAACCUCCAUCAGCACCACCAGCACCCUCUCCACUUCACUCAAAAUGUUGCACCAUAAUGUGA